AUGUCAAAUACACAUGGCAUCCGAGUUAUUCCUCAAAAGGUGUUGCGUCAUUUCCCGUUGGUGCCAAGACUGCAGCGGUUAUAUAUGUCUACAAAGAUAUCCACUGAUAUGCGAUGGCAUAAAGACCAACGAGCCACAACUGAUACCAUUAUGAGGCAUCCUGCAGACUCUGAGUUUUGGAAGACAUUUGAUAAAGACCAUAGUUGGUUUGCUAGUGACGCUCGCAAUGUUAGGCUCGGUUUGGCCAGUGACGGUUUCAAUCCCUUCAACAAUUUAGCAAAACCUUAUAGCAUUUGGCCAGUUAUCCUAGUGCCGUAUAACUUGCCUCCCUGGUCAUGCAUGAAAGACCAAUUCUUCAUGACAUCCCUACUUAUUCCUGGUCCUAAAUCACCAGGUAAUGACAUUGACGUUUACUUGCAGCCAUUGGUUGAUGAAUUGGUUGAACUUUGGGAGCAUGGGGUGCCUACAUAUGAUGCCUCCACUAAGGCAACGUUUACGUUGGAUGCUGCCUUGAUGUGGACAAUCCAUGAUUUUCCUGCCUACGGUAAUCUCUCUGGCUGGUCAACUAAAGGAAAAUUGGCAUGUCCUUCUUGUAAUGCCAAUACAGAGUCAAAUUGGUUGAAGUUUGGAAGGAAACAGUGUUAUAUGGGACACCGUCGAUUCUUGCCGCCAGACCACAUAUGGAGAUCGCGGAAAGGGUUGUUCAAUGGUAAAGAAGAUCACCGUAACCCACCAAGGCUGUUAAAUGGAUCAGACGUUGUCAGUCAACUACAUAUGCUUGGGGAUGUGCAAUUUGGUAAAUCCCGUAGGAAGAGAAAACGCACUUCGGAAGAGUUGAAUUGGACAAAGAUUAGCAUAUUCUUCAAGUUACCUUAUUGGUCAACCCUUUUGAUUCGGCAUAAUUUGGAUGUUAUGCAUAUUGAAAAGAACAUUUGUGAUAACAUCUUCGGUACUUUAAUGAACAUUCCUGGGAAAAGCAAAGAUAACAUCAAUGCACGACGUGACCUGGAGAAUUUGGGUAUGCAGAAGGAAUUACAUUUGAGGCGUGCAGGUGAACGGUUUACACUGCCGCCUGCAAUGUACACAUUACACGGAGAAGAACGGAAUAAAUUUUGUGAAUGGUUUGCAGAGGUUAAGUUCCCUGAUGGGUUUGCUUCCAAUAUUGCCCUUUCAGGGUUAUUACGACCUGACAUUGCGUUGGCAUUGACAGAGCUCAGUAGUUUCUUCAAAAAGUUGUGUUCACGAACAGUUGAUAUAACUCACCUAUCCCAGCUUCAAAGUGAUAUUGUCAUCAUCCUAUGUAAGUUGGAGAUGAUAUUCCCUCCAUCAUUUUUUGAUGUCAUGGUCCACCUAGCUAUUCAUCUACCUCGUGAGGCGAUACUUGGGGGUCCAGUGCAAUAUAGAUGGAUGUAUCCAUUUGAGAGAUAUCUCGGCAAAUUCAAGCGGUAUGUCAAGAAUAAAGCGCGACCAGAAGGUUCAAUAGCUGAAGCAUAUAUUCAUAUCGAAUGCUUGACCUUUUGCUCAAUGUACCUCCAAGAUGUUGAGACGAAGUUCAACCGAGUUGAUCGCAACAUUGAUGGCGGAGGAGAGGACACCAUAGAUGGUUUCUCAAUUUUCAAUCAACAUGUUCGUCCAUUGGGUAUAUCAUCUAAUGUGAAAUUAGAUGAUAAACUCCUUAGUUCAGCUCGAUGUGAGCACUACCAGAAGUGUAAGUUGCAUACGCCAAAUUCUGUUGAUCGCGAGCACAAGAAUGAGUUUCCAACUUGGUUCAAGAAACAUGUUCAAGACCAACGUUUGGUCAACCCGCUUGAUGUUUCUGCAGAUCUAUAUGCAUUAGCUUGCGGUCCUGACCUUUGGGUUGCAACAUAUUCUGCUUGCAUUAUAAAUGGGAAAAGCUGUGAUUGGUUUGAUGUUGGUGAUCAAAGACGAGGGGUCCGAGUGGACGUCCAUAUGACUAGUGUCAACAUGUCACGCACUUGGUAUAAGGACGAGCCAUUUGUGUUGGCAUGCCAAGCUUCCCAAUGUUGUUAUGUAAAAGAUUUACGGAUGAAAGGGAAUUGGUAUGUUGUUCAGAAGUUCACAAAUAGAAAUGUUUACGACAUUCCACCAAGACCGAGUGCCUUAGAUGAUAAUGAUGUCGAAUCAAGUGACGAUGAUGCCUAUCAAGAAGAUGUACCAUCAUAUGAGUAUGCUCCCAUGCAUUGUGAUGAUGAUCCAGUCUCAACUCCACUAAGUAGGACUGAUAUAGAACCUGUAAGUAUUGAUGCCCCAGAAGGUAUGCAAUUGGGGCGUCAUGAUGAGAAUACCAGAGAUAUCAUCACCGAUGAGGUGGUUGCUUACGGUUCAGAAGAUGGUUAUGGCGAUGGGGAAUAUUCAGACGAGGAAUAUUUCUCGUCAGAUGAAGAUUCAAUGUCGAAUUAG